AACAAUCAAACUUAUCUGUUAAAGUUCAAAAUCAAUUAUUCUGGUUGAGAUAUAUGGCCAUGUACAGCUUAUACUAGUUGGAACAUAAGCCAGAUCAUAGGAGUUUAAUUUGGAAAACUAUUUUUAUAUAAUUGUUGAAUUGAAAUAAAGUUUGACUUUAUAUAACCUUAAAAACAUGGCUUCUGGCGGAUAUCACGUCGACACAUCUGAUGAGAUAUUUGAUUUCACAUGUUCACCUUGCGCGGAACAGAACAAAAAUAGGGAAGCUGCAAGAUACUGUGUGGAAUGUCAAGAUUAUUACUGUCAAUCAUGCACGGACAUGCAUAAGAUGUUCCCUGCAAUGAGAGGACAUAAACUCCUCUUUAAAGCAGAUUAUAGCUCGCCAAGUAAUCAGCCAAGUCUGCCGCCGGUGCCGACGGAAAGAUGCAACAAUCAUAAGACAAAAUUGAUAGACAUGUAUUGUCUGGAUCAUGACGAAGUCUGUUGUACCUCUUGUGUAGCUGAAAAUCACAGGUCAUGUGAUUCAGUAACAAGUAUAACAAAUAUCAUUAAGGAGAGCGCAGCGAGCAAAGAAACAGAUGCACUAAUCCAAGAACUUAGCACACUGAUUAAUGUCUGCUCAGAUGUCAAAACGAUCAAAGAAACAGAUCUUUCAGAAAUAGAUUUAGCAAAGGAAACGGCCCUUGAUAAAAUGAAAGUGCAAAGAAAGGAGCUAGAUACUCUACUUGACGAAGUUGAAAAUGCUUCAAAAAUGGAAAUUGAAAAUGAACACAAGGAGCUUUCGGAUGAAUUUGCAUUUAUGAAGCAGAAAAUAACAGAAUAUGAAAGUAGACUGCAGAAACGUGUUUCCGCUCUGCAAUUUUCUGGAAGAAACGAAGCACAAAGAUUUGUUUCUGAGAAACUUGGACAAAAAGAUCUCGUAGAAAUAUAUGAAGUUACCAACACGGUUUUGAAAGAAAACAAAACAUCAUUUGAAUUUGACGGUAAUCCAAAACUUGUUCAAAUGUUUUCAGAGAUUGAGUCAUUUGGAGAGGUCAAAAGAUAUGUAAGUCGCCGCACUGUCCCUGUAAAUUCACCGUAUCAUAUAAAAAGGACGCAUACACAAAAUAUAAAAAUUCUGAGUGACAAAGGGACAUGUGACAUUUGGUCCUGUUGUUUUGAUGAUAAGGGAAACUUGCUUCUGACUGAUUGGAACAACAGUUCCAUAAAACGAGUGAACUUACAAACAGAAUCGGUCACUGGCAAAUGUAGUAUGCCUGACCGUCCGAGAGCAGUAUGUUGUGUUUACAAGGAAGAGGCUGCUGUUAGUCUGGAUAACAAAAGUAUCCAGUUUAUCUCCCUUCGUGAUAAUAUGAAGAUUUUGCGACUAGUUCGACUGGUCCAUCCAUGCUGGGGCAUUGCCUAUAAUAAAGGAAAUAUGUAUAUCACUGAUGGGUACAAAAAAAUGUAUAUUUAUAAAUUAUCUGGAGAACUCAUCGGAGAUAACGAAUGGAAAGAUAUAUUCCAUAGCAAUAGACAUGUUACUUUCGACAGAUAUAGCGAAAAAGUGUACGUUUCUGACAUUAGCAAGGGACUAGUGUCUUUCGAUAAGGAAGGUGCAUAUAUCUCAAGCUUAACUGACAGAAUACUCAAUAGAGCAGUAGGUGUAUGUUCCGAUAGAAGAGGAAGUGUCUUUAUUGGUGGAUGGGGAGGAAACGUAAUACAGGUUGGAGCCGAUUGUCAGAUGCUUGGCGAGGUUGUAGGAGAGUCGUACGGGUUGGGUUCUAUUUGGUCAGUAUGCUUUGAUGAACGUCAAAAGCGACUAGUCGUUACCACCAGCAGGAGCAACGAGAUUUAUUUAUUUUAUCUAGAGUAAGUUCUGAAAUAUAACACGUUUCUUGUUCACUUAGAGAUCUGCUAUAUGUUUGCUUUAGAUAAAGGGAUAAGUUUGAACACAAAAACUCAUCUACAUAAAUCUGAUAGAGCAUAAAUACACGGCAUUUAUGGAUUGCAUAUAACUCACCGAUUCCAUGCAAAUCAUAUCGAUUCAUGUCAUCAAAGAAUAUAUAUAAUUGACGUUCAUUACAUUAACAUUCAUUUUCAUAGUGAAGAAUUAAUUCCACAAUUCCACUACUUGGAAAGAACUACGACAACAUGGCAAAAAAUCGAAAAAAAUACAUCACAAGUGUAAAAUAAUCAAAAAUGUACAUACAUGACUUUGUUUAUCGUCUGUACUUUUCAAAAUGGUCAUCUGUGUACUGCAUUAUAAAUUGCUGUUUUAUGCUGUCUAUGAAAUGAUACAGUAGCUCCUUGUAUAUAUCUCAUUGUAUAAAAUAGCAAACAUGUAUAUAUAUUUUAAAAUACACUUUCAUGGUAACAUGACUGUUGCCGACAUUUCCAA